AUGCAGAGUCAUGCCCAGCGCCGGCGGGGGGCCGUGAUCUUCCUUCAUGGUUCCGGCGACACCGGCCGCGGCGUUCGAGACUGGCUCAGCUCCGCGUCGGGAGGCAAAUUCAAUAGGGCCAUAGCCGAGCUGGGUCUUGGGGAGGUGGUGUACCCGACGGCACCGGAGAGACGGUACACGCUCGCGGGGGGGGCGCCGUCGACAGUGUGGUUCGACCGGGAGAGGUUAAGCCCGGGGUCUCCGCAAGAUCGCGCGGGCGUCCUUCGUUCUUUGCGACAGGUGGAGGACGAAGUGCGAAAGUUGGAGGACGCGGGAGUUCCCAGCAGCGGCGUGUUUGUCGGCGGGUUUUCCAUGGGGGGAUGUCUGGCGCUGGAGACUCUCGGGGCCGAGGGGCUAGCGGGACGAUUAGCUGGGGUGUUUAGCCACGCCAGCUUCCUGAGCGACGAUUCGGCCGUGUUCGAGAUGACGGCGGGGUCGGCUGCGCAAUCGUCCCGGCAAACCCCCACCCCCGUCUACGUUACCCACGGCGCUGCCGACGGCAUGGUGAAGGUCGCCUGGGGUAGGGCCACCGCCGAGAAGCUCAAGGCCAAAACGGGCCUCGACCUCACUUUCAAGGAGCACGUCGAGCUAGACCACGAGCUGGGAGAGGAGCAGGCAAGGAAGUUUCUUGGGGUGGGUGGGGGGUGGUGGUCGUGA